AUGGGCGCAAACACGGAAUCAUAUCCUCCAAGCUCGAAAGGUGAUAUGAGCAACGAGGUGGCUACCAGUAGCGACAAGUUCCUCAUGAAAGGCAUGCAGCUUUUGACCAAGAUCUGUCUAAAGCACGCGAUGGACGUCAGAGAGCUACAGGCGGCCACACUGCUCACGAUUCAAAUGCACAAGGACUCCGAUUUCAUCGCCAAUGUGAUCGCCGCGACCCGCAAGGCCCGCAAUUACAAUGAUGAGCAGUUCAAGGCGAAAUUUUCGGGAGGGCAAGCUCCGGUAGAACAGCCGCAUUGCCACGCAUUGAUUGCGAUGCUUGAGACGCUGUUGCAGCAAACUUCCAUUACAACCACGGAGCGGGAAGCGGUGCAAAAGCAUGUACAUGACUGUUGUGGCAGUCCAGCAAUGGUGGCCGCGGUUGUUCAUGUUUGCCGCAUCAAGAAAUGCUUCGAUCAGUAG